AUGUCACAUUCAGGUGCAGCUAUUUUUAAAAAAGUUUCAGGUAUGAUCACCGUCGAUGAAGAUGCCUCACCAGCAACUUUGAUAUGGAGAUCAACAGACGGUGACAAAAUACAUAAAGUUAGUCUAAACGCAGUGGAUAAGUUACAAGCCACUCCUUCAACUUCGGAUAAAAUGAUGUUGAGAUUGGUUCUUAAGGAAGACCCAAACAAAAAACGAAAAACAAAUGGUGGGGACGGCGCUCCAGUAAAAGGGCCUGUUACUACUUUCCAAUUUAACAAUAGAAUUGUUAUGGAUAACAUUAAAAAUACUUUGCAAACUAUUAUUUCAAGGUACAAAGAUAACGAAUUAUAUCGAGAAAAGUUGAAACAAAAGGAAAAUUUUAUUCCAAAGAUACAAACACCACUAAUUGAUACUGCCCAAUUAGACGAUUCUUUGUCAACUUCAAACUUGCUAUCUAAUCUGGAAUUGCAACAGACUCUUUUGAAGCACAAUAAGGGUUUGUUCAAGAAAUUUCAAGAGACCGUUAUUAAUUCCUCAUUGCCACCGAAAGAAUUUUGGUCGACUAGAAUACCUGAAUUGAGAGCGUUUGCUUUAACUACAUCACAAAAAUUAGGUCCGUACAACGUCUUGUCCACUAUAAAGCCAGUGGCAAGCAGUGACAACAAAGUUAAUGUUAGUGUAUCUAGAGAUAAAAUUUUAACAAUUUUGCAUAAUUAUCCAAUCGUGAAAAAGGCGUUUGACGAUAGUGUUCCUAAAAACUUUUCUGAACAGGAGUUUUGGGCCAGGUUUUUCAGUAGUAAACUUUUCCGUAAAUUAAGAGGUGAAAGAAUUAUGGCAAAUGACAGAGGUGAUAUUAUAUUGGAUCGAUAUUUAAAGUUGGAUCAGGAGUUUGAUACAAAAGACGACAAAUUAUUAAUCAGACCAGUUCGUAAAACCAUAGAUUUGGAGGGGAAUUUCCAAGAUGAUCCAGAGUUGUUGGGGAAUACGCCUGAUUUCACAAUGAAGUCAGGUGUAGAUAUCAAUGGUCGUGGUGAUGGUGUUGUUGAUAUAUUGAGAGGGAUGAAUAGACUAAGUGAGAAAAUGAUAAAAUCUCUAGAAACUGAAUAUUCCAGGCCUAUCAGCGCCACUGCGCAACACACUUCCAAAGAUGAUGGUGGUGUAGACGAGGCUGAUAUAGGACUGAUACGAGAUUUAGAAGAGGUACCGCGUAUAGAAUACUCUGAAAUACAUUUAAAACAGAAGCAUAAGCCUGUAGAAAAUCUGAAUGAGGUAAAUGACACUGAAAGUUAUGAGGUGGUUCUUAAACAUGUAUCGAAAGUACAAGAUAUUUUGUCAACGAAAUUGGAUUUAACAAAAGUUGGUGAUGAAAAUUGUGAUGAAGCUAACCGUAGGAUUGUUAAUGCCAUUAAAAUUAAUGCCAAACAAUACCAAAGUGUUGAUGUCCAAGAAAACCUUACAGCUACAUAUGAUAUUCCAACAGAUUUACUUGAAAGUUGUAGAAUAUUGAAUGAUACUUGUUGUGAGUUCCUGAAACACUUUUAUAUACAUUAUCAGAGUGGGAAUCCCAAGGAGUCAAAUAUAGUACGUAGGAUGUAUGAAGAUUUACAAAAAUGUUUGAAGAAACUAGAAAAGAUUGUCAAAUUGGAUGAGAACUGUUCCAAGUAUUUAGCUUCCAUAAUCGAAACUCUUCAUUUCACUAUUAAUAAGUAUGAAACAAGUUAA